UCUUCUUCUUCUCCUCCAUCUUCUUCACUUCACAAGGAAGCGGCAAAAUAUCACAAGCAAACUUUUCAGUUCUUUUUCUGUCACCUUUGGACCAUCAUCUUCACCCCAUUUUCUUCAUCUUCACCAUCUUGGUCAGAGUCAACAUGUUCCUGGAGAACAAAGGAAACCUGGACUUGGAGAUGUCGCAGCCCUCCGUGCCGGUCCACCAGGGACGCAACAGCCUGAGGUCCCCCGAGGGCGUCGCCGAGAACUUUGGCGAGCUGCGUCUGCUGCGAGGCAUCUCGGAGAGGAUGGAGACGCACAAGCUGCAGCAGUCCGGCCAGUGCGUCAUCCAUGCCGAGGGCUACCUUCCUGUUCACCAAGAAGACGGGCACAAUUACAGCGUGGUCAACAUUCUGACGGGGAAGACAAAUUCAGCCAACAUCUCAGAGAGGACGCCCCUGCUCAGGUUCCCACAAGACGACAGCAUGAGCUACUUGACGGUGCACAACCCCAGCUUCUACGGCGGGGAGGAGCCCUGGGACAGCAGCGCCAUGGACCUGGAGAGGCGGUACCGGCUGGGCAGCGAGGUCACCAGCCUGUCGCUGCUGCGCUCCAACUCGUCAGACAAGAGCGACGUUCUGGAAAACCUCAGCUUCACCUUCAGGCUCACCAAAAGCAUCAAAUGCUGCUUCAAAGUCUCCAAAGUGGCCACAAUCUUCACUAUUGUGGUCCUGUGCAGUCUUUUCUUCAGCAUGUAUCCAGAUCGAGACAACCCUCAUACGAUGCUGGCCGUGACUUCCACCGACAGCUUCUCGAUGAACCUGACAGAUUUCCGGGACAACGCUCUGCUGAAGCUGCAAGUGGGAGGACCUUUCGCCGGAGGGAUGGUGGACCUCGCCAACCAGGAGUACGUCCUGGUCCAGGUGGAGCAGACCGAUCCGCCCGGCCAGCGGAGGAGGAGGACUCUGCAGGUGGCUUACAACUGGACCAUUCCUCUGAACAGCGAGCAGAGUGACCAGGUGGUGCUGACCAGAACCUUUGAGAUGCUCAGCAGCGACCCCAUCGUCAUCACCAUCCAGGCCUUCUUGAUGGACAGCAAGGUGGUGCCGCUUUCCAUGAACCACCAGUCCCUGUACGUCAACGUGGAGACUCAGGUGGCCAUCGCUGGAAUCAUCCUGACUGGCGUCUAUAUUCUCAUUAUAUUUGAGAUCGUCCAUCGCACUCUGGCGGCCAUGUUGGGAUCAUUGGCCGCCUUGGCAGCUCUGGCCAUCAUUGGCGACAGACCCAGUCUGGUCACGGUGGUGGAAUGGAUCGACUACGAGACUCUGGCUCUCCUCUUUGGCAUGAUGGUGCUGGUGGCCAUUUUUUCAGAGACGGGCUUCUUUGACUACUGCGCCAUGAAGGCUUACCGCCUCUCCAAAGGCCGCGUGUGGCCCAUGAUCAUCAUCCUCUGCCUGAUCGCCGCCAUCCUCUCAGCCUUCCUGGACAAUGUGACCACCAUGAUGCUUUUCACACCUGUCACCAUCAGGUUAUGCGAGGUGCUCAAUCUGGACCCCAGACAUGUCCUGAUUGCAGAAGUAAUCUUCACCAACAUCGGAGGCGCCGCCACAGCUGUCGGCGACCCACCAAAUGUGAUUAUCGUGUCAAAUCAGGCCCUGCGCAGAGAAGGGAUUGACUUUGCCAGCUUCACCGGUUACAUGUUCCUGGGGAUAAUCCUGGUCCUCUUCUGCUCCGUCCCCUUCCUGCGGAUGCUCUACUGGAACAAGAAGCUGUACAACAAAGAGUCCAUUGAGAUAGUCGAACUCAAGCACGAGAUCCUGGUUUGGAGACAGACGGCGCAGCGCAUCAACCCCGCCAGUCGGGAGGAGACGGCUGUCAAAUGCCUCCUGAUGCAGAAAGUCCUCAACCUGGAGAGUCUGCUUCGCAAGAUGAUGAAAACCUUCCAGAGACAAAUUUCCCAAGAGGACAAGAACUGGGAGCAAAACAUUCAAGAGUUGCAAAAGAAGCACAGAAUAACUGACAAGGUGCUCUUGGUGAAGUGCCUGUCCGUCCUCGGCGUGGUCAUACUCAUGUUCUUUGUCAACUCCUUCGUUCCCAGCAUUCAUCUGGAACUGGGUUGGAUCGCCAUCCUGGGCUCCCUGUGGCUUCUGGUUCUGGCCGACAUCCAGGACUUUGAGAUGAUCUUGCACCGCGUGGAGUGGGCCACACUGCUCUUCUUCGCCGCCCUCUUCGUCUUGAUGGAGGCUCUGGCCCAGCUGCAACUCAUCGACUACAUCGGGGAGCAGACGGCCUCGCUUAUCAAAGCUGUGCCAGAGGACCAGCGCAUGGCCAUCGCCAUCAUCUUGGUGUUGUGGGUCUCUGCUCUGGCUUCUUCUCUCAUUGACAACAUCCCCUUCACUGCCACCAUGAUCCCUGUCCUCAUCAACUUGAGCCAGGAUGCAGACGUGAACCUGCCAAUAAAACCUCUCAUCUUUGCCUUGGCCAUGGGAGCCUGUCUUGGGGGAAACGGCACAUUGAUCGGCGCGUCUGCCAACGUGGUGUGUGCGGGCAUAGCCGAGCAGCACGGCUACGGCUUCUCCUUCAUGGAGUUCUUCAAGUUGGGUUUCCCCAUGAUGGUAACCACCUGCAUGAUGGCCAUGUGCUACCUGCUGGCCACUCACAUAGGACUGGGAUGGAACAUGUGAUCACUGGGAUGGAACAUGUGAUCAACAACAACAACUACUUUAUCAUCGCUGAAAGACACAAACAGAACUUUUCCAGUGUUGGCCAGAAAGUCCAAGUGAAGAAACUCUGCUGCUCCAGUAGAAACCUCCUUCAUCUUCAUGGUGAGACACACACCAGGACACUUUUUGCUGCACUGAGAACUCUGACACACGCACGCCCCGCCCACUUUUGGCCGGUUCCAGGCCCUGUCAUUGGUUCUUUGGCGUCACGUGACGGUAGAGAGCCUUAUUAGUGAAGAAUAUCUUAGAUUAGAUUAACACUUGUCAGUGAAGCUGGCAGGGAGCGUCAACAACACACACACACACACACACACACACACGCACGCACACACACACGUUCUUGUAUUUGUCACCUUCUUGAGCCCUGUGAAAAAUGCCUACCUCUUCAGGACCACCCUUUCUAGAUAUAAAAAGAUUUGUAUUUACAACAUUAAUAAUAUAUACAUACUAUGUAAAUAUAAAAAGCUUGUUGUGAAAAAUGAUUUGGAAUUUCACAAGAAAAAGGUCACAAUUUCACAAGAAAAACAUAGAAUUUUAGCGGUGUUAUAAUAAAAGUCGUAAUUCUACUCAACGCAAGUCAAAAUUUUACAAGAAAAACUGAACAUUUGUGCAAUAUUAUGAUAAAAGUUGGAAUUUUACUAAAUAACAGUUUUAAAAGAAAAGCUUAAAAUUUUGGCAAUUUUAUGAAAAGAGUCGUAAUUUUACUCAACAAAAGUCACAAUUUUAUAGGAAAACUUAAACCUUUUGGCAAUAUUAUAAUAAUAAUAAUCUGAAUUUUACAAAAAAAUUCACUAUUUCACAAGAACAACAAAAAAGUUGGCAAUAUUGUGAUAAAAGUCGUAAUUUUACUCAACGCAAGUCAAAAUUUUACAAGAAAAACUGAACAUUUGUGCAAUAUUAUGAUAAAAGUUGGAAUUUUACUCAAUAACAAUCGCACUUUUACAAGAAAAGCUUAACAUUUUGGCAAUUUUAUGAAAAGAGUCGUAAUUUCACUCGACAAAAGUCACAAUUUAUAAGAAAACUUAAAAAUGUUGGCAAUAUUAUAAUAACAAUUGGAAUUUUACUUGGCAAAAUUAUGACAAAAGUCAUCAUUUUGCGCAAAAAAGUCACUAUUUUACAAAAACAACAAAAAAGUUGGCAAUUUUGUGAUAAAAGUCAUAAUUUUACUCAACGCAAGUCAAAAUUUUACAAGAAAAACUGAACAUUUGUGCAAUAUUAUGAUAAAAGUUGGAAUUUGACUAAAUAACAGUUUUACAAGAAAAGCUUAACAUUUUGGCAAUUUUAUGAAAAGAGUCGUAAUUUUACACAACAAAAGUCACAAUUUUAUAAGAAAACUUAAACAUUUUGGCAAUAUUAUAAUAAUAAUCGGAAUUUUACAAAAAAUGUCACUAUUUUACAAGAACAACAAAAAAGUUGGCAAUAUUGUGAUAAAAGUCGUAAUUUUACUCAACGCAAGUCAAAAUUUUACAAGAAAAACUGAAGAUUUGUGCAAUAUUAUGAUAAAAGUUGGAAUUUUACUCAAUAACAAUCGCACUUUUACAAGAAAAGCUUAACAUUUUGGCAAUUUUAUAAAAAGAGUCGGAAUUUUACUCGACAAAAGUCACAAUUUAUAAGAAAACUUUAAAAUUUUGGCAAUUUUAUAAAAAGAGUCGGAAUUUUACUCGACAAAAGUCACAAUUUAUAAGAAAACUUUAAAAUUUUGGCAAUAUUAUAAUAACAAUUGGAAUUUUACUUGGCAAAAUUAUGACCAAGUCAUCAUUUUGCGCAAAAAAUGUCACUAUUUUACAAGAACAACAAAAAAGUUGGCAAUAUUGUGAUAAAAGUUGUAAUUUUACUCAACGCAAGUCAAAAUUUUACAAGAAAAACUGAACAUUUGUGCAAUAUUAUGAUAAAAGUUGGAAUUUUACUCAAUAACAAUCGCACUUUUACAAGAAAAGCUUAACAUUUUGGCAAUUUUAUGAAAAGAGUCGUAAUUUUACUCGACAAAAGUCACAAUUUAUAAGAAAACUUAAAAAUGUUGGCAAUAUUAUAAUAACAAUUGGAAUUUUACUUGGCAAAAUUAUGACAAAAGUCAUCAUUUUGCGCAAAAAAGUCACUAUUUUACAAAAACAACAAAAAAGUUGGCAAUUUUGUGAUAAAAGUCAUAAUUUUACUCAACGCAAGUCAAAAUUUUACAAGAAAAACUGAACAUUUGUGCAAUAUUAUGAUAAAAGUUGGAAUUUGACUAAAUAACAGUUUUACAAGAAAAGCUUAACAUUUUGGCAAUUUUAUGAAAAGAGUCGUAAUUUUACACAACAAAAGUCACAAUUUUAUAAGAAAACUUAAACAUUUUGGCAAUAUUAUAAUAAUAAUCGGAAUUUUACAAAAAAUUUCACUAUUUUACAAGAACAACAAAAAAGUUGGCAAUAUUGUGAUAAAAGUCGUAAUUUUACUCAACGCAAGUCAAAAUUUUACAAGAAAAACUGAAGAUUUGUGCAAUAUUAUGAUAAAAGUUGGAAUUUUACUCAAUAACAAUCGCACUUUUACAAGAAAAGCUUAACAUUUUGGCAAUUUUAUAAAAAGAGUCGGAAUUUUACUCGACAAAAGUCACAAUUUAUAAGAAAACUUUAAAAUUUUGGCAAUUUUAUAAAAAGAGUCGGAAUUUUACUCGACAAAAGUCACAAUUUAUAAGAAAACUUUAAAAUUUUGGCAAUAUUAUAAUAACAAUUGGAAUUUUACUUGGCAAAAUUAUGACCAAGUCAUCAUUUUGCGCAAAAAAUGUCACUAUUUUACAAGAACAACAAAAAAGUUGGCAAUAUUGUGAUAAAAGUUGUAAUUUUACUCAACGCAAGUCAAAAUUUUACAAGAAAAACUGAACGUUUGUGCAAUAUUAUGAUAAAAGUUGGAAUUUUACUAAAUAACAAUCGCACUUUUACAAGAAAAGCUUAAAAUGUUGGCAAUUUUAUGAAAAGAGUCGUAAUUUUACUCAACAAAAGUCACAAUUUUAUAAGAAAACUUAAACAUUUUGGCAAUAUUAUAAUAAUAAUCGGAAUUUUACAAAAAAUGUCACUAUUUUACAAGAACAACGAAAAAGUUUGCAAUAUUGUGAUAAAAGUCGUAAUUUUACUCAACGCAAGUCAAAAUUUUACAAGAAAAACUGAACAUUUGUGCAAUAUUAUGAUAAAAGUUGGAAUUUUACUCAAUAACAAUCGCACUUUUACAAGAAAAGCUUAACAUUUUGGCAAUUUUAUGAAAAGAGUCGUAAUUUUACUCGACAAAAGUCACAAUUUAUAAGAAAACUUAAAAAUGUUGGCAAUAUUAUAAUAACAAUUGGAAUUUUACUUGGCAAAAUUAUGACAAAAGUCAUCAUUUUGCGCAAAAAAGUCACUAUU